CACCGCGUCACGUCACUUCCUUUGUGUGCAGCAUGAUGGCGGUGUCCAUGACAGGUCUGGCACAUUGACAUCGGCUCGGUUUGUGCAGUAUUUACUCUCCGUGACCGGAGUCUGGAGAGCCUUUUCAGCAGAUGACGUUUGUCGAAAUCUUCCUCACUGAACAUUUAAUGAAGUGAGUCGCAGGUGAGCAGCUUUCAGCGUCCGCGCGGCUCUGGGUCAUGGCUCUUCACAGAUUGUCCUCAAGGCUACGGCCAACGGUAGCCCACGUAAGGUCCCUUCACAGCGGUGGACGCAGGCAGCAGCAGGAGGCUGUGGCUGUAGACUCGGAACCGGAACCUUUCUCAGUCUUCAGGACACCGGAGAGCGACCCGGCAUGUCAUUCAGAGACGCACAUCGGACAGUACUACACUCUGCCCUCUGCACAUAUCCGCACGCUGUUCCCUUCAGGCCUCCCUUGGCGCUAUCAGCAACAGGUGAAGACAUUUAACGAAGCUUGCAUCAUGGUGAGGCAGCCAAGCCUUGAGGUCAUCUCUUACCUGAAAAAAACAGACUACAGCAAACCUGCUCUGCGAUAUUUAUUUUAUGGGCAGAAGGGUACUGGGAAGACGAUUUCUCUCUGUCACGCUGUCCACUUCUGCUACACACAGGGAUGGCUGGUGCUUCAUAUUCCUGAUGCUCAUCAAUGGGUGAAGAACUGUAAGGAGCUGCUGCCUUCAUCCUAUAACGCGUCUCGCUUUGAUCAGCCAUUACAAGCCACGGCAUGGUUACGCAACUUCAGGCUCACCAACGAACGCUUCCUUUCAAAGAUAAAGACAAAGCAUCGCUACAUGUGGACAAAGAGAGAGUUCACCGAGGAGGGAAGUCUGCUAGGAGAGCUGGUGGAUCAGGGUAUAUCUCGUGUGAAGAGCAGCAGUGAUGUUGUGGGGGCGGUGAUGAAGGAGCUGAGGCUGCAAAGCGGGCAACCGGGUUCAGACUUCCACUUGGCCGUGGCAGUGGAUGGUGUCAAUGGCCUGUGGGGAAGAUCCACCAUCAAGAAGGAGGAUAAGAGUGCUGUCGAUCCAGAGGCGCUCACUUUGAUUUAUAACCUGAGGAAGCUCAUGAGGAACGACUGGACUGGAGGCGCCAUUAUCGCCACUCUGUCCCAGACGGGAUCGCUCUACACCCCCAAAUCUGCCUACUUGCCUCAAGAGCUGCUCGGAGAGAGGGGGUUUGACAGCAUGGAUCCAUUCAUUCCAGUUUCUGUGCCCAACUACAGCGAGAAGGAGUUUGAGAGCUGUUACCUCUACUAUAUGGACCGCCACUGGCUGCAGCACCCACAGAGUCGAACUGAGGAAGGGAAAAAAGAACUCGUCUUCUUGAGCAACAAGAAUCCAUCAAUGUUGGACAGAAUUUGUGGCUUCUUAUGAGGAUGCAAACAGAUUAAAAUCAGUAUCAGUCUACUAGAAAUACAAAAACAUACAUGUGUCCAUGUCUGUAAUAUGUAUACUGUUGUAAACUAUGAUGCAUGCGUGCUACUUUGAUAAUAAAAUGUUAAAAUAAA